AUGCCUGAAGUCACCAUUUGGACUUCAAACGAUAAGGGUAUUGUGAGUUUGAGAAGCCAUACUAUGGAUGGUAGUGCUGGGAAAUCAUCUGAAUCUGGGUCUAUUGUGUCUAGUUCUCAAUCGUCGAAAAAUGGGAUUUUGCCCGAUGAUGAUGGUUGUCCCAGGCAAGUGUCUCCUAUUAGAAUUGGUGGAUCAAGGAAUACGAGUCCUAUGGGUCGUGUUGGAUCGAGGAAUACUAGCCCUUCUAGGCAAAAGGUGAUUAAGACCAAACCGCGUGGUUUAGAUGAGGAAACGGUAGCUACAUUUGGUAAGGUUGUUCACCCUGAUGUUCAAAUGGAGGAUAACAUAUGGGCAAUGUUGCCUGAGGAUCUGUUGAAUGAGAUUUUAUUAAGGGUUCCUCCGUUUAUGAUAUUUCGUCUUCGUUCAGUUUGUAAACGGUGGAAUUCAAUUCUCCAAGAUAGUAGUUUUCUUAAAUUUCACUCCCAAGUGCCAUCUCAUGGGCCUUGUCUUUUGACAUUUUGGAAGAAUCCGCAGACCCCACAAUGCUCAGUUUUCAGCUUGCCCUUGAAAGCUUGGUAUAGAAUUCCUUUCACAUUUUUGCCACAGUGGGCAUUUUGGUUGGUUGGCUCUUCAGGGGGCCUUGUUUGUUUUUCUGGACUUGAUGGGCUAACUUUCAAAACUUUAGUUUGUAAUCCGCUCACGCAAACUUGGAGAACAUUGCCAAGCAUGAAUUACAAUCAGCAAAGGCAGUUGAUAAUGGUUGUGGAUAGAAUAGACCACUCAUUCAAAGUGAUAGCCACUGGUGAUAUUUAUGGGGAUAGGUCAUUGCCUACUGAAGUGUAUGAUUCAAAGCUCGACAGAUGGUCACUUCACCAGAUAAUGCCUGCAGUCAACCUUUGCUCCUCAAAGAUGGCAUAUUGUGACUCCAGAUUGUACCUGGAAACCCUUUCACCGCUUGGUUUGAUGGUGUAUAGGCUUGAUACAGGUUACUGGGAACAUAUUCCAGCAAGAUUUCCUAGGUCCUUGUUGGAUGGGUAUCUGGUAGCUGGCACUCAGAAGCGUCUGUUUUUGGUUGGAAGGAUUGGCCUUUAUAGUACUCUUCAGAGUAUGAGAAUUUGGGAACUGGAUCAUGCUAAGAUUAUGUGGGUGGAGAUUAGUAGGAUGCCACCAAAGCAUUUUCGAGCUCUGUUGAGGUUAUCAGCUGAAAGAUUUGAGUGCUUUGGACAGGAUAAUUUGAUUUGCUUUACAUCCUGGAACCAAGGAAAAGGCCUUCUAUAUGAUGUGGAUAAGAAGGUCUGGUCCUGGAUUGCUGGAUGUGCUCUUCAGUCAUACAACAGCCAGGUCUGUUUCUAUGAGCCAAGAUUUGAUGCCUCCAUAUAUUGA